AAUACAUACAGAUAUUAUCAAUUGCUUGUGAAAUAUUUUUAAAUAUUUAAUAUAUAUUAAAUAAUUUUAUCUAUAUGAUAAAUAAUUUCAUCUAUACAUAUUUUUACAAAUUGUGUGACGUAUUAGCUAUAGAAAAUAGAUCUCAGUAUAAAUAAGAAAUUUAGUACAUUCAUUUAUGCAUAAAGAAACUGUGAUUGAAAGAAAUUCAUAGUAAAAAAUUAAAAUGGAAGUUUUAAAUCAUUUCGAAAAUAUUGAUGAAAGUGUGGAUGAGAAUACAAUUAGCAAUGAUAAUGUUGGUGUAGUUUUAGAAGAAGCUGAAAUAAUAGAUUGUGAUACAGAAAUAGAAACUGUUACAGAAGAAGAUAAUAUACAGUAUCAAUUAUGUGAAGUAAAUAGGAAUGAUAAUACAGUAGCAUAUCGUGUAGUACAAGUUGGUGAUAAUCACAUAAAUAAUGCUGAAUUGUCAAUAGCUGCUCCAAUAAAUAAUACUGUUCAAGUUUUAACUUCACCUAUAAAUGGUCAAUUUUAUGUACUUAGCAAUGGUAAUGAAGUUGUUUCUUCAGAAUCUGCAAGAACAGUUGCACCACGUGUUAAACUUCAAAUAGAUAAUCCUCAGAAUAUUCUUACUAAUAUUAAAAAGAGAGAUGAAAGAAGAAGAGUAACUCAUAAUGAAGUUGAGAGACGUCGUAGGGAUAAAAUUAAUAAUUGGAUUUCAAAAUUAGGAAAGCUUUUACCAGAAUGUGAACAAAGUACAACAGCUGAUGGAGAUGUAAAAACGAAUUUUGAGUUGCAGAGUAAAGGAGGAAUCUUGGCAAGAGCAUGUCAGUACAUUACAGAAUUACGAGAAAUACAGGAAAAUUUCGCACAAAGUUUAGACGAAAAUGCUCAGUUAUCAGAAGAAGCUAAAACUUUAAGACAAGUGGUAAAUCAAUUAAGAAAGGAAAAUUCCGAAUUAAAAGCACAAAUUUCAAAAAGUACUUAUAUACUUGGUACUUAAUUUCCAUAAAUACAUAAUAAAUAGUAAUAGAAAUUUGGAUUUUUAUUAAAUAUUUUUUCCAUGACAGUUUUAUCCAAAGUAUAUAUUAUUUUUACUUAUAUUUGUAAAAAAUAAUGUAUAGGAAAUGCAUAAUUCAGUGCAAUAAAGUAAUAAUAAUGUAGUAAUUAUAAAAUGUUUAUUUACAUAUAUUUAACUGAGUAUAUAUUUAUAUUUUGAAAACAAUUGUAAACAUAUUAUGUAAUUUCAACUGUACAUAUCAUAAACAAUAAUUAUUUAUAACGUGAACAAUCGAGCAAAGGGAGUAAUUUAUUAUUAAAUCAUUAAAUUAAA